AUAUCAACAAAGGUUCACCCAUCGAUUAUAAAAGCGGCUCUGCCUGCUCAACACCCACAAAAGACACACUCAAAGGUUACGAGCGCAGCACGAACAAUUGCAUGGGACCCGUGCUUCCACCGCGCAGCGUCAUGAGCGGCCUGCCCGCGCAUCACUAUUCGACACCGAUGAACUUCCGCAAAGGUUUGGCGGCGCGCUGGCAUCGUUGGCGAUGUGCGCUCAACAUUUGUUUGGCUGUAUUUGCGUUACUUGGCCUGAUUUCAAUAGUUCUAUAUGUUUCCGGUGUGCUACACUUAUCCAUCGACGAACCACGCACAAUUCUAGUCGGCAAUGAGGCAUCCGAGGUGACGGCCGCCAAAAGCACUAAUACGGAUCUAACGAAAUUCGGACAACCCACCACGGUCACUGCAUCAACGGCAACCUCAUCGCUAUCUUCGAUAUCGGCAUCACAAGCGGCAGCGGCGCAGGCGGCAGCAGCGGCUUCAGCGGCACAUAACGGUAAUGGUGGCUUGUUGGGUGGCAGUGGCAUUAAUGGUGGUAGUGGUAUUGGUGGUGGCACCUCACCAUCAUCCACUGCCUACCAAUCGCCAGCAUCAGCGUCCUCAGCUGUAGCCGCCAUUGGUACGCCAGGAGCAGUUGCAUCUUCACCCUCAUCAUCGCUGUCCUCAUCGCUGGCAAAUGCCAAUAAUGGAGGCAUCAGAUAUGAAGUGCUGCCAGCAGCAGAUAUGCGCGCCACAUGGUCGCUCUGGAAGCGCGUGGACGCGCACAAAACAACCCAACAAAAGCGGAAGCACUUAACAAAGGAUAACGCAGCACCAGCAACAGCGGCAGUGACACACCUGUCAACUGUCGCACAACGCAAAGGGUUUCAACAACAAAAAUACGCAAGCAGUGAUGACUGGGUAGCGGUAGUGGCAACUAGCGGUGGUAACAAGUGGCAAAAACACCAGCAGCACAUCAAACGCCAGCAGCAGCAAAAUCGUAAACUCCAAACGCCAUUGCUGUCGCGGCAACAACAACAUGGUGCGCGCAAAAAACGUUAUCGACGGAGUUUAAUGACAGACCAAAGUUUCGCAAGCAUCGACUUAAUUACAAAAACUCGCGAAGAGUAUGAUGAUAUGAAUGAGCGCGACGAAGGCAAUAACGGCAAAAAUAACAAAGUCACUGAACGCAAGUGGGAAAAUGGUGGUGGCUUAAAUGAUGAAAAUGCAACACGCACUGUCGGCAAUAGUGAGAAGGUCGCUGACAGCAUUGAAGUUGUUGAAAACGCAAAGCGCAUAGCGCCGGAGUUGGAGUUGGACGCAAAGAUGAUUGAGUUGGCAGCGCUACCAGUAGAGGAAGAAAUGCUUGCAAAUGUGAGCGCGCGGCUCUCGGAAGUGCGGAAAAUGGAAGAUUUUGACAUUCAUGCACACGCACAAAGGCAAGUAAGCGAUACAGCGGCUGACGCUGAGGGCGGAAACUUAAGCAAAAUACCUUCGACGUACGCUGAGGUGAGUAAGUCUAGUGACAGCGCAACAUUGACGCAUUCAAUCCAAGCGAAUAUCAAUGCAACGCAGACUACAGCAAGUGAUGAAGUUAAUGCGCCUCCGACAAAUCUAUUAACAGCCACAAAUAUUCGUUGUCAAACACCAGAAGAAGCAGGCGCGCAACAUAAAUGUCAAAUGAACGCGCUGCCUGACAUCAAAGCUGAAAGUAAUUAUGUGACGACGGCGGAAAAGCGCGAAGAUGAAGUUAAAGGCGAAAGUAAGCAUGUCCUAGACAUGAGCGCUUACAGCGCGCAAAGUGAUUAUGAUAACAAUAAUAACAAGAAUGCACCCAACAGUAAUCAAACGCCAGUAAAACCUGGCGGCGUUGCCACAGCACAAACUUUGCAAAUCAAUAACGUAUUAGGUCUCAAUCAAAGCACUAAUAAUGACAAAAAAAUUGCUGUCUCCAUUGAAGUUGAAGCUGAUGAAGAAGCAUCUUCUAGCGCUUUCGAAUAUGAUGACGACGCGCCUGAUGAACAGCAUAGCGGUGAGACAUUCACGACCAUUGCCAAAGUUUUAUCAAAGGCUUUUGAGGAUAAAAAUAAUGAAGUGGCAAUGUUGAUAGAAAAGAAGGCGGACGCGGCGCACGACAAUGACGCGAAAUUAUACGAGGCGGCAGGGAGAAUGCCAUCAAAGACAGUUCAAAGAGAACUAAACGUAGCCGCUGGGCGUGCGUCUGACGAAAGCGCUACCUUGGCAACACCGCCCGCGUCUACAUUGGUCCCCAGUGACAUUUAUAAUGUGGCUUAUAGUGAUAUUGAUUACGUUGAAGGUAACACGCAGCGACAAGGAAAAGACUUUAGCGCGGCGCUUGUUAACAAAGUAAACAGAAGAAAACUAAGUCCAUUUAAAGCGACGACUGAAAUUAAUGAGAUAUCGAUGACAACAGCCGCGCCAUUUAGCAAACAUGAAGCAAAAAUGCGUGGCGCGGCAGUUGAAAAGUGGAAAAAAGCCUACAAGGCAGGCAGGAGCAAUUUGCAUGGCCGCAAGGUGUACGCGCCAGCACAUAGUAAGAAACUUAAAAAGCAAAUGGGGCGCGCGCUACACGCACCUGACCACGUUUUGACGACAGCAUCGAGGAUAGCGCAAUUGGUUGAUGCGAUUAUUAAUGAUGAUAAUCAAAUUGACAGGCCACCAGCAAUGGCAGCGCAAAAGGAUGAGGUGGCCGAAGAAGGCACAGAAAAAGUGUCAGUCAAUAACGAAUGCGGCGACGCUGCGGAAAAAGACAAAAUCGUCGCCGCAAAUGGUGAUAAUAAAAUAGGCAGCGGCACGACACAAAAGUCGCACAACGAAAUGAAAGAAAGAACAAGCGCGCCAGAAACUACCACGUGCAGCAGCCACUCGCAUGAUUUUGAUGAUGCAAAUGAUUUUCAAAUCAAUCGCCAUAAUAGAGCGGCAAAUGACGCGUUGAGUGAUAGUGAAAGCGAUAUGCUCAUAGCUGCAACUGAUGAUAACAAUAAUGAGCGUGAUUUAGUUGACAGCUAUGAUGAUGGCGACUAUGACGCGCACACGCCACAGCCACCAUCGCCGGCACUAGAGUUGUCCGGAGGCACGUCAAAUGUCAUAAAAAUUGAUAAAUCCGAAAGGAAUGAGCCCAAACAGCAGCAACAGCAGCCGCCGCACGGAGAAUAUGUUGAAGAGCAGGAUGCAAAGAGCACGCGCGCGGAAUGGCAAGAAAAUCAAGCGCCUGGACGAGAACUGGAAAUUAAACUAAACGGAAGUCAAACACAAAAUGGACGCGCUACAACGAUUGAGCAAAAUACAGCAAUUGCUGGUGUGCAUGUCGACGCUGAUGGCGUUGAUGACGUUGAGACAACCACCACAACCACAACCACAACCAAACAAACAAUAAUGUUAACAGCUGAUGAACGACAAACGAUGGAGAUAAAUGAGCGCACGUCAGUGGCAAGAAAAUCAGCUGCCGAAAGAGGCGAGCGACGAAAAAGUGAUUUAGAGGUUUUGGGUGGAGAUGGAAAUGAAAAUGGAGCGGAAGUAGAAGAAGAUGUCGCGGCAGCUAAAGACCAAGCAAAUGUUAAAGCGCCAGUGGCAGCGACAGAAUCAGAAACGGAAACCGUAGCAGAAAGAGGCUACUCGCAAAUGACCGACAUAGAAGUAGUAGAUGGAGCAGCCCCCACUGCGCAACCCGCAGAAAAAACUGAAGCCAGUAACGAGAAAGAUGAAACAUUUGAAGGCGAAGCAACCGAAGAUGUAGCUGAAAUAGAAGCUACAACAAGCAAAACCCAUUUAAUCCAGACAAAAAGUGCGUCAACAGCUGUUGAUGAAAGCAACUUUGAAGAUGAUGAGCUGAUGCUUAAUGACGGUUUAAUGCCGCUGCACAGUAAUACUAAAACAAAUACUUAUACACAAGUGCUCAGCAAUGACAACAACAACAACAACCACAACAACAUACAACGCAAUUUACAUUCAAAUUUAAAUUCGAAUGCUCCUGCUAAUGACUACCCGCAACUCAAUGCUCAACGUAUUGCUGCUGCGGACGACAUCGAUAUCAUCAAGCUAGAGGAUACACACUCCAGCGAAGAUGAAAUCUACAAAACUAUUGAGGGUAAUACAAAUGCGCGUGAUAAGGCGCAUCACAUAUAUAGCAAACGUAAGGUAGUGGUCACAAGUCGGCCUACGCCUAUGCACCCCGCGCCGAAUGCGUUCGAAAACGAAGUACUCAAAAGCGCCGAUGACGUCGAUGCACCUGCCAGUUAUGCUGAAAAACUACCACACUUUCCACUCAAAGCGCCCAUAGUGAGUGAGUAUUAUGAUCCACCAAGCAAGCAUAUACUGGUCAAUGUAACGAUAGCCACCGAGGGUGACAGCAACUCAGUGUAUACUCUGCAUGUCGCCGUGCCGUUAGGUGGCCAAUCGCAUGAUCUGCAAGAGGUACUCACUCAUGAGCGCUUGAAAAGUGACGAGCAACAUCGCGAAGGGCAUGAACACCCAGCAGCACCUUCCCAUACUAGCAGUCCAUAUUGCAUACCCGAACCACCGCCACCAAUACCAGAAUGUCCUUGCAAAUGUAGCGAUUUUUUGACACACACAGAAGCGAUCGCUUUCGAUGAUGGUGAUCUCGCUGCAGACAUCGAUUUUAGCACGCAAGCCACAAAUAAUUAUCGCACUACCACUGCUGCUUCGACCACUACUUAUGACGAUUCCAUACAUCCACCACCACCAACACCCUUACCAAUCACAACUGCUAUGCUAACCAAUAUUGAUAGCGCUACCGAUGAUUCUAUCAUUGCAACAACAACAGCUACCACUACUACUACUACCACCACUUCAUUUACUAAUUUGCUUGGUGUUGAUGCGUCGCAUGGCGCUGGUUUUGAUGAUCAUAUUGUUGUUGGUGAUGGCAGCAAAAUUGCAUGUCCUGAUGUUAUGCCUAUUCUGAUACUUGAAGGCGCGCGUACUUUUCCAGCACGCAGUUUCCCACCAGAUGGCACUACUUUCGGGCAAAUUACUUUGGGACAAAAGUUGACUAAGGAGAUACAACCCUACAGCUAUUGGAAUAUGCAAUUCUAUCAAUCGGAACCGGCUUAUGUGAAAUUCGAUUAUACCAUACCGCGUGGCGCUUCGAUUGGUGUCUAUGGAAGGCGCAAUGCGCUGCCAACGCAUACGCAGUAUCACUUCAAAGAAGUGCUAAGUGGUUUUAGCGCAAGCACAAGGACAGCACGAGCGGCACACUUAUCGAUAACACGCGAAGUCACACGCUACAUGGAACCCGGUCAUUGGUUCGUCUCGCUAUACAACGAUGAUGGCGAUGCCCAAGAGGUCGCCUUCUAUGCCGCCAUUGCCGAAGAUAUGACACAGAACUGCCCGAAUGGCUGCUCCGGCAAUGGACAAUGCCUGCUCGGACAUUGUCAAUGCAAUCCCGGCUUUGGUGGCGACGACUGCAGCGAGAGCGUAUGCCCAGUGCUGUGCUCACAACAUGGCGAAUAUAUCAAUGGCGAAUGUAUUUGUAAUCCGGGUUGGAAGGGAAAAGAGUGCUCGCUGCGUCACGAUGAAUGCGAAGUGGCCGACUGCAAUGGACAUGGUCACUGCGUGAGCGGCAAGUGCCAAUGCAUGCGCGGCUAUAAGGGAAAAUUCUGUGAGGAAGUUGACUGCCCGCAUCCAAACUGCUCGGGACAUGGCUUCUGCGCUGAUGGCACUUGCAUUUGCAAGAAGGGUUGGAAGGGUCCCGACUGUGCGACUAUGGAUCAAGAUGCGCUACAAUGCCUGCCCGAUUGCUCUGGCCAUGGCACCUUCGAUUUGGACACGCAGACAUGCACCUGCGAACCGAAAUGGAGUGGCGACGAUUGCUCGAAAGAAUUGUGCGAUUUGGAUUGUGGUCAACAUGGCCGCUGCGUCGGCGAUGCCUGCACCUGCGAUCCCGAUUGGGGUGGCGAGUAUUGCAAUACGAAGCUCUGUGACACGCGUUGCAAUGAGCAUGGGCAGUGCAAGAAUGGCACUUGCCUGUGUGUGACCGGCUGGAAUGGCAAGCACUGCACCAUCGAGGGUUGCCCGAAUGGCUGUUCGUCGCAUGGCCAGUGUCGUGUGAGCGGCGAGGGACAAUGGGAGUGUCGCUGUUACGAAGGCUGGGAUGGACCCGACUGCGGCAUAGCGCUCGAACUGAACUGUGGCGAUAGCAAGGACAAUGACAAAGAUGGUCUCGUCGACUGCGAGGAUCCCGAGUGCUGUGCCAGCCAUGUCUGUAAGACGUCGCAGCUAUGCGUAUCCGCACCGAAACCGAUCGAUGUGUUGCUAAGGAAGCAACCGCCAGCCAUUACCGCUUCUUUCUUCGAACGCAUGAAAUUCUUAAUUGAUGAGAGCAGCCUGCAGAAUUAUGCGAAACUCGAGACUUUCAAUGAAAGCAUUUUUUGGAAUUAUUUCAAUGCAAGCCGUUCGGCCGUAAUACGCGGUCGCGUUGUCACCUCACUCGGCAUGGGCUUGGUGGGUGUGCGCGUUUCCACCACAACACUCCUCGAAGGCUUCACGCUUACACGUGAUGAUGGUUGGUUCGAUUUAAUGGUAAAUGGCGGUGGCGCUGUGACUCUCCAAUUCGGCCGCUCGCCCUUCCGUCCACAGUCGCGCAUCGUACAAGUGCCCUGGAAUGAGGUGGUCAUCAUUGAUGUGGUGGUGAUGUCCAUGUCGGAGGAGAAGAAUGUGGUGCCUAUACCACACACGUGUUUCUCACACGACUACGAUCUCAUGAAACCGGUUGUCUUGGCCUCGUGGAAGCAUGGCUUCCAAGGUGCUUGCCCGGAUCGCUCUGCCAUCUUGGCUGAAUCGCAGGUGAUACAGGAGUCGCUGCAGAUUCCCGGCACGGGCUUGAAUUUGGUGUAUCAUUCGUCGCGCGCCGCUGGCUACCUUUCGACAAUAAAGCUGCAGCUGACCCCUGAAACCAUACCUGAAACGCUUCACUUGAUUCAUCUGCGCAUAACAAUCGAAGGCAUUUUAUUCGAACGCGUUUUCGAAGCUGAUCCGGGCAUUAAAUUCACUUAUGCUUGGAAUCGCUUGAACAUCUAUAGGCAGCGUGUAUAUGGUGUGACAACGGCAGUAGUAAAAGUGGGCUAUCAAUACACCGAUUGCAAGGACAUCAUCUGGGAUAUACAAACCACCAAGUUGUCUGGUCACGACAUGUCCAUAUCCGAGGUGGGUGGUUGGAAUUUGGACAUUCAUCACCGCUACAACUUCCACGAAGGUAUCCUACAAAAGGGCGAUGGUUCUAAUAUCUACUUAAAGAACAAACCGCGUGUCAUACUCACCACAAUGGGUGAUGGCCAUCAGCGGCCGCUCGAGUGCAACGAUUGCGAAGGUUUAGCUUACAAGCAACGCCUGCUGGCACCGGUCGCUUUAGCUUCCUCACCUGAUGGUAGCCUGUAUGUUGGCGACUUCAACUACAUACGCCGCAUCAUGACUGAUGGCAGCAUACGCACUGUCGUCAAGUUGAAUGCCACGCGCGUUUCCUAUCGCUAUCACAUGGCGCUUAGUCCACUCGACGGCACGCUCUACAUUUCAGAUCCAGAGUCACAUCAAAUCAUACGCGUACGCGACACCAACGACUAUUCGCAACCUGAAAAGAACUGGGAACCCAUUGUCGGCUCGGGCGAACGUUGUCUGCCGGGCGAUGAGGCGCAUUGUGGUGAUGGCGCGCUGGCUAAGGAUGCAAAGCUGGCCUAUCCCAAGGGCAUCGCCAUAUCCAGCGACAACAUACUCUACUUCGCCGAUGGCACAAACAUACGUAUGGUGGAUCGUGAUGGCAUAGUCACCACGCUGAUUGGCAAUCACAUGCACAAGUCACACUGGAAACCUAUUCCCUGCGAGGGCACACUGAAGCUGGAGGAGAUGCAUUUGCGUUGGCCCACCGAGCUGGCCGUGAGUCCAUUGGACAAUACGCUCCACAUCAUCGAUGACCACAUGAUCUUACGCAUGACUCCCGAUGGACGUGUGCGCGUCAUCUCCGGCCGGCCUCUGCACUGCGCCACUACCUCUACCGUCUACGACUCCGAUUUGGCAACACACGCCACACUGGUCAUGCCCCAGUCGAUUUCAUUCGGGCCUAUGGGCGAGCUGUAUGUGGCGGAGAGCGACUCGCAGCGUAUUAAUCGCGUGCGUGUAAUUGGUACGGAUGGGCGUAUUGCUCCGUUCGCUGGCGCUGAAUCGAAAUGCAAUUGCUUGGAACGCGGCUGCGACUGCUUCGAGGCCGAACACUUCCUUGCGACAAGCGCCAAAUUUAACACAAUCGCUGCGCUCUCAGUCACUCCUGACGGUCACGUGCACAUCGCCGAUCAAGCAAACUAUCGCAUACGCUCUGUUAUGUCCAGCAUUCCUGAGGCGAGCACGUCACGGGAGUAUGAGAUCUAUGCACCCGACAUGCAGGAAAUUUACAUCUUUAACCGCUUCGGUCAGCAUGUCUCCACGAAGAACAUUCUAACUGGUGAAACCACCUACGUCUUCACGUACAAUGUCAACACCUCCAAUGGCAAACUGAGCACUGUGACUGAUGCGGCGGGCAAUAAGGUUUUCCUGCUGCGUGACUACACCUCACAGGUGAACUCCAUCGAAAAUACCAAGGGUCAGAAAUGCCGCCUACGCAUGACACGCAUGAAGAUGCUCCACGAACUUAGCACACCAGAUAACUACAACGUGACUUUCGAGUACCACGGCCCAACUGGCUUGCUAAAAACUAAACUUGACUCCACUGGCCGCUCCUAUGUCUACAACUACGAUGAAUUUGGGCGCCUCACUUCGGCGGUCACACCCACCGGUCGCGUCAUUGACUUGGUAUUCGAUCUGAGCGUUAAAGGUGCACAAGUGAAGAUCUCCGAGAAUGCGCAAAAGGAGCAGUCGAUGCUGAUACAAGGCUCCACAGUCAUGGUGCGCAAUGGUGCUGCCGAAUCGAAGACGUCGGUUGAGAUGGAUGGCUCCAUGACAAGUCUGACGCCGUGGGGUCAUACCGUGCAGGUGGAGGUGGUGCCAUACGCCAUAUUGGCUGAAAUCAACCCAGUAAUUGGCGAGAGCUAUCCAGUUCCAGCCAAACAACGUACGGAAAUCGCUGGCGAUCUGGCUAAUCGUUUUGAGUGGCGUUACUUUGUGCGCCGUAUACAGCAAGGCAAGCAAGGCAAAGGACCGCGUCCAGUCUCACAGGUGGGACGUAAGCUACGCGUCAACGGCGACAAUGUGCUCACACUCGAAUAUGACCGCGAUACGCAGUCAGUUGUGGUGUUGGUGGAUGAUAAGCAAGAACUUUUGAACGUGACCUACGACCGCACUGCACGUCCAGUGAGCUUCCGUCCACAAUCAGGCGACUAUGCUGAUGUCGAUUUAGAGUAUGACCGCUUUGGUCGAUUGGUUAGCUGGAAGUGGGGUGUGCUGCAGGAAGCAUACACCUUUGAUCGCAACGGUCGGCUGAAUGAAAUCAAGUACGGCGAUGGUUCGUCUAUGGUUUAUGCCUUCAAAGACAUGUUCGGUUCGCUGCCAUUGAAGGUGACCACACCACGGCGCUCGGACUAUCUACUACAGUACGACGACGCUGGUGCACUGCAAAGCUUGACCACGCCACGAGGCCACAUACAUGCAUUCUCCCUGCAGACGUCACUCGGCUUUUUCAAGUAUCAAUACUUCUCGCCGAUCAAUCGCCAUCCCUUCGAAAUACUUUACAACGAUGAGGGGCAAAUUCUGGCGAAGAUACAUCCACAUCAAUCUGGUAAAGUGGCGUUUGUUCACGACUCCGCUGGCCGUUUGGAAACUAUUUUAGCUGGGCUUUCGAGCACGCAUUACACCUAUCAAGACACCACAAGCCUUAUUAAAUCGGUUGAGGUGCAAGAGCCCGGAUUUGAGUUGCGUCGCGAAUUCAAAUAUCACGCUGGCAUUCUAAAGGAUGAGAAGGUACGUUUCGGCUCGAAGAACUCACUAGCCUCUGCACAUUACAAGUACUCGUAUGAUGGUAAUGCGCGCAUGAGUGGCAUUGAGAUGUCCAUUGACGACAAGGAGGUGCCCACAGCGCGCUAUAAGUACAGCCAGAACUUGGGUCAGUUGGAAGUGGUGCAGGAUCUGAAGAUAACACGCAAUGCCUUCAAUCGCACCGUCAUCCAAGACUCCGCGAAGCAAUUCUUCACCAUCAUCGAUUACGAUCAACAUGGCCGCGCUAAGAGUGUGCUCAUGAACAUUAAGAGCUUCGAUGUCUUCCGUCUCGAGUUGGACUACGAUCUACGCAAUCGCAUCAAAUCACAGAAGACGACCUUGGGCCGAUCCACGUCUUUCGACAAAAUCAAUUACAACGCUGAUGGACACGUAAUUGAAGUACUCGGCACCAACAACUGGAAGUACUUGUACGAUGAGAACGGCAAUACUGUAGGCAUAGUGGAUCAAGGAGAGAAAAUCAAUCUCGGCUACGACAUUGGUGACCGCGUUAUACAAGUCGGUGAAAUCGAGUUUAAUAACUACGAUGCGCGUGGCUUUGUAGUGCGUCGUGGUGAGCAGAAAUACCGCUACAACAACCGCGGUCAGCUGAUACACGCCUUUGAAAGAGAUCGCUUCCAAUCGUGGUACUAUUAUGACGACCGAAGUCGCUUGAUCGCUUGGCACGACAGCAAAGGUAACGUAACACAAUACUAUUAUGCCAAUCCGAAGACACCGAAGCUGCUGACGCAUGUACACUUCCCCAAAGUCGGUAAGACUUUACGUUUCUUCUACGAUGACCGCGAUAUGUUAAUUGUAGUGGAGAACGGCGAUCAGCGCUACUACGUGGCCACCGAUCAAAAUGGCUCACCACUAGCAUUCUUCGACCCGAAUGGCAGCAUCAUAAAAGAUGUGAGACGCACGCCAUUUGGACGCAUCAUCAAAGAUACGAAUCCAGACUUGUUCAUACCCAUUGACUUCCAUGGUGGUCUGCUGGAUCCCAACACAAAACUGGUAUACACCGAGGGACGUCACUAUGAUCCCACAGUUGGUCAGUGGAUGACACCCAAGUGGGAGACACUGGCCACUAAGAUGUCCAACCCAACCGAUGUCUUCAUUUACCGCUACCACAACAACGACCCCGUAAACCCCAACAAGCCGCAGAACUACAUGAUCGACUUGGAGUCGUGGCUGCAACUCUUCGGCUAUGACUUGCGCAACAUGCAGAGCUCCAAGUAUACAAAAGAAGCGCAAUAUGUGCCACAAGUAUCUAUCAAAUCCAACACCCUAGCGCCCGAGUUCGGCGUCAUUUCCGGCCUUGAAUGCAUAGUAGAGAAGACCAACGAGAAGUUCAGCGACUUUGAUUUCGUGCCGAAGCCGCUGCUGAAGAUGGAACCGAAAAUGCGCAAUCUGCUGCCACGCAUCAGCUACCGCCGUGGCGUCUUCGGUGAGGGUGUGCUGCUCUCGCGCAUAGGCGGACGUGCACUUGUCAGCGUUGUCGAUGGUUCGAACAGCGUGGUGCAAGAUGUGGUCUCAUCCGUCUUCAACAAUUCCUACUUCCUUGACCUGCACUUCAGUAUACACGAUCAAGAUGUAUUCUACUUUGUCAAGGACAAUGUUCUCAAAUUGCGCGACGACAACGAAGAACUGCGCCGGCUCGGUGGCAUGUUCAACAUAUCAACACACGAGGUGACCGAUCAUGGUGGCGCUGCAGCAAAGGAAUUGCGGCUGCAUGGGCCCGAUGCGGUGGUGAUUAUCAAGUAUGGUGUCGAUCCAGAUCAGGAGCGACAUCGCAUACUCAAGCACGCGCACAAGCGCGCAGUCGAACGGGCGUGGGAGCUAGAGAAACAGCUGGUUGCUGCCGGUUUCCAGGGACGUGGCGACUGGACCGAAGAGGAGAAAGAAGAGCUGGUGUCGCACGGUGAUGUCGAUGGCUGGAUUGGCAUCGACAUACACAGCAUACAUAAGUACCCACAACUAGCCGACGAUCCAGGCAAUGUGGCGUUCCAGCGCGAUGCAAAACGCAAGCGAAGAAAGAUCGGCAAUGGACAUCGUACGGCGAAAGCGCGUCACCAACAAUUACGUGUAAUGGAUUUGAGUGCGUGAGUACGCGAUACGAGUGACAACAAGGCGAACAAAUGGAGUAGUGAGGAGAUAACUGUGACAAAAAUUAGUGUUGCUGCGGAGCGCGAGCUAUUAGAGAAUGGUGUGGGGGAGGAGUUUGGGCAUAAGUUCAGUGAUGAUUACGCAUUUAACGACGAUUGGGAUAUAGGCACAACUACAAACAAAAUGCAAACCGAUAAAACCACACUGGAUCUGGACAACGACAGCAAUAGCAGUGGCAGUAGUGAUGGCGAUGACGAUGGCGACGACGACGACGUGCAGCCGAUACACGAACGUGGUCAACACGAUUUAAACGAAAUUAAUGCUAGUGAUGAUGAAGACUACAACUACCAAGACGAAUACUACUACAAUAACAACAAGUACGAUCAGCACUAUUAUCGCAGCAAAGGCACAGAGACAGACGACUUAUAUUAUUAGCGAUACCUACCAACCAACAAAUACUAUUACCAUUUAGAAAUGGGAAAAGCAAAUUAAAAUUAAAAACUUAGUGGGUAUUACUUAGAAAAGCAUAUGUGUGAGUACGAGUAAAAUACAAUACUAAGUGUAGGUAUGUGUGUG